UUCAAAUGGGGGGUUCAAGCGUCCUCCGGUUAACGAGUCUCUGUAUUUGUUACUGUUGAUAGAAGGUGGUGUUUAAUUUGAACUUCUGUUUCUUAACUUUGAAAUAACUGCAAGUUAUGGAAGCAACGGAAACAGCAAAAAUAUUGCUUCUAAAUCAUAAGCAAUAAAAGCAAGUAAUCCUCUGAAAAAUUAAAAAUAUAUAUUCUGUCGAUUCUUGUAAAAUAUAUAUCAUGCAAAAGCAGCAUAUCUAAUAGAUACCUUUGGAAAUAAUAGAUUUUUUAUAUUUUAAUAAGAUAAAAAUCACGCAGAUCUAAUUUUUGUUGCAAAAUAUUUUCUAAGAAGCACACUUUAAUAAGGCAUUUUCUAGCGGCCGUGAAAAAAAAGCCAUUCUAUGGAUCAUACAACAUAAGAUAUUUUCUAAUCUAUGCUCUCAAAUUUGGAUUAUAUGCAAGCUUACGAAAAAUUCCUGCGAAAUGUGUAGCAAAGUCUUUUCUUCGCAGGAAUAUAUGAUGCCACAAAUCUUGGCGGAUAUUAAAGAGAAAACAUUUGUUUUUGAUGUGUGCAACAAAGGUUUCUUUCUUUCAGGAAAUUUAAAGACACAUUUAAGGACGCAUACGAAAGAAAAACGGUCUGUUUGUGAGAUUUGCAGUGAAGCUUUUUCUCAAAACGGAAGUUUAAAGGUUCAUUUACGCACGCAUAGAAAAGAGAAACCGUAUGUUUGUGUGAUUUGCAGUAAAGUUUUUUCUCAAAAAGGAAAUUUAAAUAUACAUUUACGGACGCAUACAAAAGAGAAACCGUAUGUUUGUGAGAUUUGCACUGAAGCUUUUUCUCAAAAAGGAAAUUUAAAUUACCAUUUACGAACGCAUACGAAUGAGAAACCAUAUAUUUGUGAGACAUGCAAUAAAGCAUUUUCUCGUAGAGUAUGUUUAAAGAGACAUUUAAGGACGCAUACGAAAGAAAAACCGUAUGUUUGUGAGAUUUGCAGUGAAGCUUUUUCUCAAAAAGGAAAUUUAAAGACCCAUUUAUGGACGCAUAUGAAAGAGAAACCGUAUAUUUGUGAGAUUUGCAGUGAAGCUUUUUCUCAAAAAGGAAAUUUAAAUUACCAUUUACGAACGCAUACGAAUGAGAAACCAUAUAUUUGUGAGAUAUGCAAUAAAGCAUUUUCUAUUAGAGUAUGUUUAAAGAGACAUUUAAGGACGCAUACGAAAGAAAAACCGUAUGUUUGUGAGAUUUGCAGUGCAGCUUUUUCUCUAAAAGAGAUUUUAAAGAGCCAUUUUCGGACGCAUACAAAAGAGAAGCCGUAUGUUUGUGAGAUUUGCAGUGAAGCCUUUUCUCAAAAAGGAAAUUUAAAGUGCCAUUUACGGACGCAUACGAAUGAGAAACCAUAUAUUUGUGAGAUAUGCAAUAAAGCGUUUUCUCAAAGAGGAAGUUUAAAGAGACAUUUAAGGACGCAUACGAAUGAGAAACCAUAUAUUUGUGAGGUAUGCAACAAAGCAUUUACUCUAAGAGGAAGUUUAAAGAUACAUUUAAGGACGCAUACGAAUGAGAAACCGUAUGUUUGUGAGAUAUGUAGUAAAACAUUUUCUGAGCGAGGAAAUUUAAAGAAACAUUUAAGUACGCAUAUAAAAGAGAAAUUGCACAUUUGAAAUGUAUGCAAUAAAACAUUUUCUAGUGGAUGCUUUUAAAGGAAAUAUUUUCUUACGCAUACGAAACAGAAACCUCUGUGUACAAUAAAGCAUUUAAUGCAAAAUGAAAUUUGCACCCCCAUUUACCGAUCUAUUCUAAAUAGUAACUACAUGUUCGUUGUGUUUGUAAUAAAGCAUUUCUGUUCGAAACAUUGAAAGGAGAUAUUUAUUGAGGCGUGCAAAAUUAAAUCCACAUAUUUGUAAGAUGUGCAAAAAAGUAUUUCCUUGCGAGGAAAUAUGAAAUUGCGUUUAUGGGUUCAUAUAAAAUGAAAAUAUGAGUAAUAAAGCAUUUUCUGAACAUUUGAAUUUAAAGACACAUUUAUUGACGGAUAGUGGAAAAAAAAGAAAAAAACUUGUUUCUGAUGCAUGCAAGAAAACUUUUUCUCGACGAAGUAUUUCGAAAAUAUUGAGUAACAGUCGCGAGUUAAAGAAAUCAAAAUGUACACCCUCUUUCCUAUAGGGGAAUAUAAAGGCGCAUUUACUGAUACAUACAAAAGAGAAAUCUUAUAUGUACGAUUAUUUGCAACA